AGCCUCGGUGAGGCCAGAGAGGCGCGCUCCCAGCCUAGAGCCGACCCGCAGACGCGCCCCGCCCCUCGGCGUCGCUCUGGACUGGCGCAGGCGCAAGCCGGCAAGAUGGCGGCAGCUGGAGCUGGCCGUUUGAGGCGAGCAGCGUCGGCUCUGCUGCUCCGGAGCCCCCGCCUCCCCGCCCGGGAGCUGUCGGCCCCGGCCCGACUCUAUCACAAGAAGGUUGUUGAUCAUUAUGAAAAUCCUAGAAACGUGGGGUCCCUUGACAAGACAUCUAAAAAUGUUGGAACUGGCCUGGUGGGGGCUCCAGCAUGUGGUGACGUAAUGAAAUUACAGAUUCAAGUGGAUGAAAAGGGGAAAAUUGUGGAUGCUAGGUUUAAAACAUUUGGCUGUGGUUCUGCAAUUGCCUCCAGCUCAUUAGCCACUGAAUGGGUGAAAGGAAAGACGGUGGAGGAAGCCUUGACUAUCAAAAACACAGAUAUCGCCAAGGAGCUCUGCCUUCCUCCCGUGAAACUGCACUGCUCCAUGCUGGCUGAAGAUGCAAUCAAGGCCGCCCUGGCUGAUUACAAAUUGAAACAAGAACCCAAAAAAGGAGAAGCAGAGAAGAAAUGAGCCCUCCCUCGGCGAAGCCUCCAGCAGGCCACACCAGCUGUUUCCCACCUGUCAUGCAAUCACCUUAGAUGUUCAGAAGCCGCUCCCUCUCCACUGAAGAGCUAUGAGAUACGCACAAUACUUGCUGUUCACGUUAUGACUCUCAUGCAAGCAAAAUACACAGUUUCAUUGUUCUGAAUCCCGUGGUUUCUUUCAGUCCACUUUUAUCGCCUUAACCUAGUUAAUGUAUAUUUUGAAUUGUGUGUAUGACCUCAGAACUGAAAUUGAUAAGUCGCAAGUGUUGAUAGCCGAUGAAGUGCAUAAGUAUCUAAUUUUACCUGAAUUGAUUUGGGGGGAAAUUACCAGUAGAAUGCCUUUGUCUGAAUAUUUGAUAGAACUAAUUGUUGUACAUAAAACAGAUCUGCAUAUCUAUAUAUAUAAAAAAUAAUAAAACAAUGGAAGAU